AUGGAUUACUUCCCCGUCCGAGGUAACGACAGCAACACCACCUUUGGGUACCCGCCCGGGGUGGAUGUGGUGGUCGACUGGCUCGGUUCCGACAACAACACCAGUAGCUCCGACUCCUUGCUGUACGUGCAGCUGGGCUACCAGAUCGUCACCUCCUUGCUGCUGGGGGCCCUCAUCCUGUGCUCAAUCUUCGGCAACGCGUGCGUGGUGGCCGCUAUCGCCCUGGAGAGAUCCCUCCAAAACGUAGCCAACUAUUUGAUUGGAUCCCUGGCCGUGACGGACCUCAUGGUGUCGGUGCUCGUGCUGCCCAUGGCGGCCCUGUACCAAGUCUUGAACAAGUGGACUCUGGGUCAGGGCAUCUGUGACUUGUUCAUCUCUCUGGACGUGUUGUGCUGCACUUCGUCCAUCCUGCACUUGUGCGCCAUCGCCUUGGACCGUUACUGGGCCAUCACAGAUCCCAUAGACUACGUCAACAAGCGCACCCCGAGGAGAGCCGCGCUCCUUAUCAGCGUCACCUGGCUGGUGGGCUUCUCCAUCUCCAUUCCACCCAUGUUGGGCUGGAGGAGCGCUGAGGACCGAGCCAACCCGGACGCCUGCAUCAUCAGCCAGGACCCGGGCUACACCAUCUACUCAACCUUCGGGGCAUUCUACAUCCCCCUCAUCCUCAUGCUGGUCCUCUACGGGCGGAUCUUCAAGGCGGCUCGCUUCCGGAUUCGCAAAACGGUGAAGAAGCCCGAGAAGGUCAAAGGUGAGCGCUGUUUGACUUUGUCCCCCGCGGUGCUCCACAAGAAGAGCAACGGGGAGGCAGAGGGCGGGAGGCCGUGCGGAAACGGCGCCGUGCAGUUCGGCGACGAGGGCGAGUCCUUGGAGGUGAUGGAAGUGAGCAGCUCCAAAAGCCACCUGGCCUUGCCCAACACACCGCAGUCAUCCUCGCACGAGAACCUAAAUGAGAGGAACUGUGGUGCAAAGCGCAAACUGGCACUGGCUCGAGAGCGCAAAACGGUGAAGACGCUGGGCAUCAUCAUGGGCACCUUCAUCUUCUGCUGGCUGCCCUUCUUCAUCGUGGCCCUGGUGUUGCCCUUCUGCGCCGACAGCUGCUACAUGCCUGAGUGGCUUGGCGCCGUGAUUAACUGGCUGGGCUACUCCAACUCCCUGCUCAACCCCAUCAUCUACGCCUACUUCAACAAGGACUUCCAAAGUGCUUUCAAGAAGAUCCUAAAGUGCAAAUUUCACAGGCCGUGA